AUUACAAUAUGACAAAUAACGUCUAUCGAUAUGUAUGUCAAUUCUUCUUAUCUCUUCUACGGACAGUAAAACACAUAUAGCUUCGAAAAUUCAUCUAAAAAUGAACUAUUAAUUUUACAAAAUAAUCUAUUGAUAACCAAGGCGACCGAGAAAACAAACGAAUAAUUUGACAUUUGAUAAUGUUGAAAUUUUGACGUCUUUUACUGCAACGCGAAAUACUCUAUGUGGCACAUGAAGUGAAACGGGAGAAAUUGUGAAACUAACGACAAAUUACAAUAUUUUUCUGACACCUUGAAUGGAAUAACAUUAGAUACCUAUAAAGUGAUAUCCAUAACAAAUAGUAAAAUUUGAUUGAAAUUUCGUUUGAAGCAAAUCAAAAAUCAUGCCACCACGUAGAUCACAAGAAGGUUUACUGGCGCGAGUAAACUUUCCACUGUACUCGAUUGAAAUGCUAACAAGCCGUCAUGUUUUGGUGGCAGGCGGAGGUGGAUCAUCUAAAACAGGCGUAGCAAAUGGUUUUGAAAUUUACGAAAUAUAUCAUAAUGGACAGAACUUUGUUGCUGAGGAAAUUGUUCGGCAUGAGACUGGAGCGAAUGUAGUUAUGAAUUGCGCUGUAAAAAGUACGGGCAAUCAUUCAUAUUUGGUGGCCGGUCAAGAGAGUCAUUGUCAAUUAUAUCACGUGAAUAUUAAAAUUGAUAAAAACGAAAAUGGUCGUAUCGAGACGCUCAAGCCAUUGUUGGGACGAAGGAGUUCAGUUACGUUUGACGAACAAAAUCUACGUAAGAGAAAAGCUUCACAAGAUGCAUCUGCCAAUCGACGAUACUCAGCAUCGAAGAACACAAAUUCAGAUGGUAAUCAGAAUGAGAAUCGUUAUCUUCGUUUUGAAAUAAAAGCUGGUGAUUUAACACAAACUGAUUUCUCAACGGAUGGCCCCCUUCAGAGAGUGGUACGGAUUAGUCCAAAUUGUAAAUUUAUGGCCACGGGUGGCACAGAUGCUCACGUUCGAAUUUGGAAAUUUCCAAGUAUGAUACAGAUGUUUGCUAUAAAUGUACACACAAAAGAAAUCGAUGAUUUGGACUUUAGUCCUGACAGCAAGCGUCUAGUGUCGAUUGCAAAAGAUGGUUUGGCAUUGAUUUGGAAUGUUGAAACCGGAAAGGAGAGUGCCAAAUUAAAUUGGACACCACCAAAUAAUGUCAAAUAUUUAUUCAAAAGAUGUAGAUUUGGUAAUUUUGAGGGGAAAUCGGAUCACCAUCGACUAUUUACAAUUGCAAAUCCCAUUGGAAAGGUUGGAAAGCAGAUGGGUUAUCUACAGGAAUGGAGCCCAGAAAAUGGUACUCUGAUCAAUUCGGCCGUUGUUGAUGAGAGUCUUGCUUCGUUGGCAGUUCGUGAUGAUGGCAGAUUCGUUGCAAUUGGCACUAUGUUUACCGGUUCAGUUUCAAUUUAUAUAGCAUUUAGUUUGCAACGUGUCCUACACAUUCCUAAUGCUCAUUCGAUGUUUGUAACCGGUUUGGAAUUCUUGCCGGAAAAAGAUUUGGAUGGACCGGCCAUAACGAGUAAUACAGAAGCCGCUGUUCUUUCAAUUUCAGUUGACAAUAAAGUUUGCAUUCACAGUUUAUCAUAUAGACAUAUGAUGCCCGCAUGGAUAGCAAUACUUUUAAUUAUAGGCGCAUUAUUUUUCACUUUUACACUAUGUUCGUAUAUUGGAUUGUAAAAUAGCAAAUAGUUUUCUUGUUUGCUGCAUUUUUUUUUAUUAAAUUAUUAAAAAUUAGAGAAACAAAAAAAAUCUAUUCUAUUUAUAAAAAAGCUCAAUGGAAUUUAACUUAUCGAAUAUGUUUAUAGUUUUUAAUGCGGCUACCGUUGCCAAGGUUUUAUGUCGACCUUUAAUGUGAGAUGUGGCUGUUCGCCUAAGCA